GUGCCUUGUUCAUCGUCUCUUUCGAUUUUGAUUGUGCUUCUGCAACCAUUGAUACUCUUGAAGCUCUGAGGCCGCCAUGUUUUCGUCUCUCUCAGCUUCUUCUCCACUUUCUUCUUCAUUGGUUUCUUCUUUCGUCGCCGUCAAAGCGACUCCGGUCACCGGACCUCUGAUUCCCCGUCGCGAUCUUCUUUCUGUUCGUAUCAGAGCCAGCUCGAAUCAGAAUGGUUCCGGUUAUUGUUUCCCAGAGAAGCUGAAAUCUUUUGCCAAAUCAGCGAUUCUCAUCGGCGCUGCUGUUUCAAUGACCGGAAAGUUUUCAACUUUACCGGUGAAAGCGGAAUCUCCGGUUACGACUACCGAAGAAACCUACCAGGAAGUGAAAGAAGAGAAACUGUCUGAGAUCGCGCCAUUAUCUGAGCUUUUGGAUUCCACUCCUGAGGCCGUCGAGACGCUAAGAUCACUCCUGCAGCAGAAGCUAGAGAAGGGUGAGGAUGAAGAAGCUCUUAAGCUAUUAGAGAGACUAGUAACUGCACAACCAGAUGAAACAGAGUGGAAGUUCUUAAUGGCGAGACUGUUGGGCGAAAUGGGUCGUCCGGAAAACGCACGCCAGAUGUUCGAGGAAAUUCUCCAACGAAACCCGCUUUCGUUCGAGGCUUUAUUCGAGAAUGCAUUGCUCAUGGACAGGUCCGGGGAAGGAGCUGCAGUGCUGCAGAGGCUGGAAGAUGCUUUAGCUGUAGCCGAGGCUGAGUAUUUGGUGAAGGAAGCGAGAGAUGUGAGACUGAUCAUUGCGCAGAUACAUUUCUUGCAGAAGAAUGUGGAUGAAGCAUUGAAGAGCUACGAGCAGCUGACGAAAGAGGAUCCGAAGGAUUUCAGACCGUAUUUCUGCCGAGGUAUGAUCUAUAGCUUGCUUGACAAGAACGUUGAAGCUAAGGAACAGUUUGCUAAGUACAGAGAGCUCUCUCCAAAGAAAUUUGAAGUAGAAGGGUAUUUGAGGACUCCAUUGUCUAAAAUGAAGCUUUUUGGUGGUAGUGAAGAGAACUAAGUUAGAUUGAUUAUUGAUAGCUCUGAAUCAUAUCAGAAGAAUAAGACACAGAAGACAAGAUUGUUUUCUGAGAAAUUAUGCUGUGUUUUUGCUUUGUUGAAUUGAACUUUGAAACACAAAUCCAUUUUUGGAUUUUGUUUUGUUUAUCAUGUGAUUCUUAAUUUGAUAAUAAAGUAACAUUAACUGG